CCCAGCGUGCAGAGCAUCGUCGUACAAUCAACCAGUGCCCUACCACUUCCGUCCAUAGAGCCUCUAAAGCAACGCGCAAAAGGAAUUUCGGACAUGUGCAAGACCCUCAUCUGGUAGAUGGGCCGUCAUCCUUGGCCGGAAGGCAUCACUGAUCGCUUUGCUCGUGCAAGCCUUCGUCUUGUCUUGGAUGGUGAACGACGCGGGCUGGCCUGGACUCUCCUAGACGCAGAAGCGGGACACGAACACUGGCCCCAGGAUGUCUAUGCAGAGGUUUUAGCUGUUGUGGCCUACCCAGGCUAUCCCAAAUGUAUCCCCACAAUCCGAUAUCUAGCGAAAGCCGAGCUCAGAAUAUCACCAGGGCCGCUUGCUCUGCAGCCCAUUGUAUGGGGACACCUGCUCCGGAGACUCAUAUCCUCUGAUCCGGAAGAUGCCCUGAUCCAACCUUUAUUUCAUGCCAUUCCAUCGCGCUACUGGCGAGCCGACUACGUCCCCCCACCUAUCUUCUCGGCAAGAAACGGAUUGAAGAUCUGUUUGCCCUCUCAUUUAAGAGAUGGUGCAGUAUCUCUUCUGUCGGCUAUUGAUUCUUACCUGUAUCCCUAUGUCGCCGAUGCUAUCUAUCAGCGUUUCAGAGGUACCACGGACAUUGCUGAUCCCACCGAUGAAUUCCCUGCACCUCCGGAUCCGCGAUUACACAUGCUGUUGACGAUGGCCGCCUCACGUUCUGUCCACAGGGUAGCCGUCGCUGAUCCUUCGAUUGAUAGCCUUUUCAUCAUGGUUAUUCGACACAUCGGAAUGUACAUGGGCGUCAGUUCAUUACGGUUGUAUAACGACCCUGUAUUGGGGGGCAAUAUGCCUUCUUUCGAAUUGGAUCCCAAUCGGCACGCGGUAUUGAAAGUCCUGUAUCCGUUGGUUUCCUCCUACGAAUUUGGUGACACCUGGAUGCGAAGCAAAGAUCAGUGUAUCGCAUUGCUGCUCUUCCUUCAAACGCUCGAAUCCACGUCCCGCCCCCCUCAGUUUCUUCCGGAGGACUGGUGUACACCAGUCAUGGCUUCCAACUUUGUCUGGAUUGCUUUCCAGGAUCAUCCAUUGACAUCUCAACAUGAAGACUCCCUUGCCCAUGAUGCUUCAGCUGAACUUCAACUCAUUCUCUAUUUCUUCCAGUUCGCUCCCGUCAUAAAUGAAGCUUUUGCUUAUGUUGUUUCGGAGCGUCUUCUUGAAAGCAUAACCAGUUUACGAGGUGCAGUGUUGAGACUCAUCUUACAAAGAUGGGACCGAUCCCGGGUAUCGCUGCAAACAGUCUUAGGUGCCUUUAUCACUGGUCUCAAAUCUGAUGCAUUGGACCGUGGGAUCUUCCAUUGGGCCGGGGUAUACCUCUUCCAGCUUGCGAACCUCCUCGCCGUUUGGGUGAUUUACGUUCUAUGUGAUGAACCCUACUAUCUUCGCCGUCUCGCGCUACUUCAUAGAGACGACUUGAACGCUGCUUGGUCCGAGUAUUUGAAGGAUCUGGAUACUGUCGCCGAGGACUUUAGGGCAUUUGUUGAUGGAAGUUGUGUGGGAGACUAUGGACUUAGUCCUGAGGCCGGGCCAACUGUGCCGCUGCAAAUCUCGCCACUUGAAACUCAAGCUCUGGAUGAAGAUCAGCCGACGGUGGGGUCGCUACGGGGCUUUUGGCAACGUCUACGACGGCAUCCCGAUAUUGAAUCUCAGAUAAAGGUAUCUUUGUAGUAUGUAUCUGUAUCUCCUACUCGUUCCGAACGUUUGGUGAGCACUUUACUAUGUAGUAUUUCUAUUUCAUGUUUGAAUUAUCACGCUGGUCAUUCUUUGCAUCUCCCUCG